GCGGCAGAGGGCGGGGGGGCCGGAAGUGGAUAGUAGUAACCCGGAAGGGGAGUCCUCCGCUGGCUGUGGUGUUGAUGUUUUCGGGUUACUGCUACGUCUCUGAUUAAGGGAACCCCCGGGAAGGAUGGUGUGCGAAAAAUGUGAAAAGAAACUUGGUACUGUUAUCACUCCAGAUACAUGGAAAGAUGGUGCAAGGAAUACCACAGAAAGUGGUGGAAGAAAGCUGAAUGAAAAUAAAGCUUUGACUUCAAAAAAAGCAAGAUUUGAUCCCUAUGGAAAGAAUAAGUUCUCCACUUGCAGAAUUUGUAAAAGUUCCGUGCACCAACCAGGUUCUCAUUACUGCCAGGGCUGUGCAUACAAAAAGGGCAUCUGUGCGAUGUGUGGAAAAAAGGUUUUGGAUAUCAAAAACUACAAGCAAACAUCUGUCUAAAUGUAUUGGUGAAGUUUCUGGCUUUCUAUUUGAUUUUACUUUCUGCUUUGAAUUUGCAAGGCAUAACAUAGAUGUUCAAGUUACAAAAUAACAUGUCUUAUUAUGACAUGAAUUUUAAACCAGGCAAGUUCAUUGGUACUCAUUCUUUUGCUCUCAAGAAGUUCUGAAUAGCAACACUGUAACCAAUUUUCUGCCUUGUUGUUAUUUUCAUGACAAACAUCUUACUGAACUAGAAUAAGUAGCAAAUUUAACAAAAAAAUACUUUCCCAGUUCUGUAUGCACUUUUUAUUUAAUUAUUCAUGUAAUUCUUACUAUCCUCUCCCUUUACCUUAUUUAUAGAUAUUGAAAAAGUGAGAUCAUUGGUAUUUUUUUCUGAACUUGGCAUCCAGAUUUAUUCUUCCCUCAUUCCCUUGUUGGCUGCAUAGUUCAUAGAAUCAGCAGUCUUUUCAUUCAUUGCAGUUUCACAGGGCAUUUAAAUAUCAGACCAUUGGUGCUGAAGAGUUCCUUAGUAAUUAGCUCAGACUCAAAUCGAACACAAGUUGUGUUUAUGAUAUUUUUUAUUUGUCCUUGAAGCCAAAGUGCCAAUACCUUUCAUGUGAAACUGGGAAUGCAAGAGACACUCUGUAUGUAUCCAAAUGAAUACACUGGGUUUUAGAAAAACACAUAACACAUGUUUCUUUGAAUUCAAACUGUCAGGAAGGCCAGGAGAACAAUGUUCACCCAUGAUGAUGUGUAAUGUUUUAAUUGCCACUCUUUGGAAACUCUCUUUGAAGCAGAAACCAAACUUUUUUUAACCUCCUUCUCUGCCUCCCAUCCCUGUAUGCCCAAUAAAUAGAACAAAAUAAGCAUUUUGACUCUUUAUAUGUACAUAUAAAUAUGUAUAUAUAAUAGACUGCUGAAAGACCACAAAGAUUUUUCUUAUGCUGCCUCCAGAGGUUCAGGACUUCUGCUUUUGAAACCUGCAGCCUACUAUGGGAGACCAAGAGGUUUGGGAUUAAGUACAACUUUUUUAAUUGCCAAGGGCAGUAUAUAUAAAUACAUAUCACUGUAAGAUAUGUAGAAUAGAUAAUGUAACAUAUGGGGUAUAGAUAAUUACAUUUUUAUUUGUUUAAACAUUAUAGAAAGUAUUUAAAAUUUUAACUGUUUCAUUUAUCUAUAAGGUUUUUUAAACUUUUUCUAGAAUACAUUGUUAUUCUUAUCCAGAAAGAUCACAAGGAUGGUGCAAAAAAUGCAAUUUGCCACAGUAGCUCUGAAGGCAGGAAGUAUCUUCUCAUGCUGUAAUCAAUUUGGAAUUUUUAAUUAAAAUCAAUACAAGGGAUCCAUAAUAGGACCCCGGUAGAGAGUGGCGAAGGUUCAUGAAAAGUUGGGUUGGUCAACUUUGGGAAGAAUACAUCUCUCAGGUAUCGACUGGGAUCUAGACUUCCACAACUCACAUUUCAUAUUCAUGCCUUGAGUACCCUGCUUCCAUAAAUGAUCCAAUGGCCUAGCUUAGGUUCUAUGAAGAUUUUUGCUAGUAUUACAUCUCAGAACAGAAUACAAAUAUUGUAAAUCUUCAUAUUAUUGAAGUAAUACUAUGACUACCAAAAAUUGAAUAGUUGUUAAAUGAAAAGGAAGAUCCCCAAACCAAACAUGAACAUAGUGUUUUUUAAAAAGAAGUCAUAAAAACAGAAAAUACCACAUUCAGAUAGCAGAAUUAAGGACAAACAUAGAUUUUAUUAAAGUAAAUGCACAAAUGAUGAGAUAACGUAUUUUUUUAAAUUUCAGAUUGCAUUUUAUAUACAUACAUAAAUAUGAAACAAUUAAAUACUAAUAGAACACUUAAGUGUAUUCAUUAGAAUAUGCCGUCAAGAUGACAUAAGAAUUACAUAUAUGUACAGAAGUUUAUGUAUACAUAGAAAACAUCUGAAAUCUUAUUAGUACUGUUUUGCUCUGUGGAGUGGAGCUGGGGGUUAAGAAAAGAGAGGCUUAACCCUUUAUAGCCUAAUGCCAACAACCUAAUAAUUUUAGCCCCUAGUUCCCUUACCUGGGGUAACAGGAGAAUAUUAAGAAUUUUAGUAUCCUGGAAAUGAAUAUUUACGAGCAGAUAUAUGUAUAUAUUUGUUCUGCGCAUUUUAAGUAGAAGAAAUAUAUAUACUGUUCUUCACUUUGACUUUUUUAAUAUUUCUCAUAUUUGCUUUACCAUUUUCUAUCUCUUAUUGUAUAUUUUUUCUUGACCUAUUUGAGGGUACAUUACAGACAUCAUAUCCUUUGCCCCCCUUUUUUAAGGCAGUACAACAUGAUGGUUUGAUUUAUAUAUAUUGUGAAGUAAUUACCACAUUAGGUUCCAGCUAACAUUCAUCUUCUCGUGUAGAUGCAAUGAAACAAUUUUUAUCCCUCUUUUCAUAAAAAUUUUUGUUUGAAUUAUGUGUAAAUAAAAAUUUAUUCACAAGGAAAAAAAA